AUGGACUGGAGCAGCUUCAUUUCCACUGGUUUAGUGUUCUUCUUGAUUUUUCUCUCCUUUCUGAAAAUGAGAGGUUUCUGGAGUAACCACCAGAGGAAGAAUUUUCCUCCAGGACCAAGAGCACUACCUAUUAUUGGAAAUCUGCAUUUGUUUGAUUUGAAGAGACCCUACAGGACUUAUCUACAGCUGUCAAAAAUAUAUGGUCCAGUCUUCAGUGUUCAGAUGGGGCAAAGGAAAGUAGUUGUCAUUUCUGGGUAUGAGACAGUGAAGGAAGCUCUUGUAAAUCAGGCAGAUGCAUUUGCAGAGAGACCUAAAAUCCCAAUCUUUGAAGAUUUGACCAGAGGAAAUGGGAUUGUUUUUGCUCAUGGUGAAAACUGGAAGGUGAUGAGAAGAUUCACUCUCACAGCCUUACGAGACUUUGGAAUGGGGAAAAAGGCCAUUGAGGACCGCAUUGUGGAGGAGUAUGGGCAUCUGGCAGACAUCAUCGGGUCCCAAGAAGGAAAGCCCUUUGAUGCUAGUAAAAUAAUUAAUGCAGCAGUCGCUAAUAUAAUUGUGUCAAUUUUACUUGGCAAACGAUUUGACUAUGAAGACUCCAGAUUUAUGAGACUUCUACAUUUGACCAAUGAAAGCAUGAGGCUUGCUGGGAAACCUUUGGUUGCGAUGUACAACUUCUUCCCAAGUCUUGGAUUCCUACUAAGGGCUAACAAAACUCUCCUCCGAAACAGAGAUGAAUUCCAUGCUUAUGUAAAAGUUACUUUUCUAGAACAUCUCAAAACUCUGGACAGAAAUGAUCAAAGGAGUUUUAUUGAUGCUUUCCUCGUUAAACAGCAGGAGGAGAAAUCCACUACCAAUGGGUAUUUCCAUAAUGGCAACUUGCUAAGCUUGAUGAGCAAUUUGUUUACUGCUGGUGUUGAGACAAUUUCCACCACACUAAACUGGAGCUUUCUGCUAAUGCUAAAAUACCCUGAAAUUCAGAGAAAAGUCCAAGAAGAGAUAGAGCAAGUGAUAGGGUCAAACCCCCCACGGAUCGAGCACCGAACUCAGAUGCCAUAUACAGAUGCUGUCAUCCAUGAAAUUCAGAGGUUUGCCAACAUCCUGCCAUUGGAUUUGCCUCAUGAGACUGCUGCAGAUGUCACUCUCAAAGGCUAUUUCAUCCCCAAGGGAACUUACAUCAUCCCCUUACUGACCUCAGUCCUGCAAGACAAAUCACAGUGGGAGAAACCAGACAUGUUCUACCCUGAGCACUUUCUGGACGCCAGUGGAAAAUUUGUGAAGAAAGAUGCUUUCAUGCCUUUUUCAGCAGGGCGGAGGAUCUGCGCUGGAGAGACUCUUGCCAAAAUGGAGCUCUUCCUUUUCUUCACCAGUCUCCUGCAGAGGUUCACCUUCCACCCUCCCCCUGGAGUUUCUAUCUCAGACCUGGACCUCAGUCCUGCUAUUUCCUUUAACGUCAUCCCCAAACCCUAUAAAAUGUGUGCUGCUAUCUUAGGAGAGAGUCUUGAGGACUUAAACCAAAGCAGACAGAUGGAGUUGGAGAUGUCAGAGGGUUUUCCUGUGGAAAUCCCAGAAGCUAUAAAGAAGGAGUAA